AUGAACUCUUCUGCCGCUGCCGCUGCAGCCAAGCCUGCCUUCUCGGCCGUGCAGCAGGUCACCAACUUUGAAGAGAUGAUAGCCAAUCGUCCCGACUUUGACCAUUCGGGCGAGCCCAUCGAGAUCACAAAGUCUCCCGAUCCAUCCUGGACAUUUGGGGAGGGUGUCCGCACCGGCCCUCCCCCUUCUCCUCAGGAGAAGAUCCACCAAGAGAUCGACCCCUACUCCCCGGAUCGAUCUGUCUCACAAAAUUACCGUCUCCUAAUUUCCGGCAUUGCCCCUCGCCCCAUUGGUUUCAUCAGUACCCUUUCGGCAGAUGGCAAGACUAAGAACCUCGCCCCGUUCAGCUACUUUCAGCUAGUCGAUCAUGAUCCCCCCAUGUUCAUCGUUAGCUUCUCCUCUCGCUUUGGUCCCGUCAAGGACACUUACCGGAACCUGAAAGAGACCGGAGAGUGUGUCAUAAACACUGUCUCCGAGAACAUGAUUGAGGCUGUCAGUGCUUCGUCCAUUGAUGCUCCCUAUGGCCUUUCGGAAUGGGAUGUCACUGGCUUGACAGAGGCCCAAACAACCACAGUCAAGCCAUCACGUGUCAAGGAGUCCGUGCUGUCUAUUGAGGGCAAGCUUGUUGACAUUAAGGAGUUUGACGGCCACAAGCCGGGCAUGAGCAGUGCCGCCAUCUGUCUUAUCAAGGCCACCCGCUUCUGGGUACAGGAAGACGCAGCCAACGAAGACUUUAGCCAUAUCGAGCUGGACAAGCUACGCCCCAUUGCGCAGCUCGGUGGCAUGUCUUAUGGACGAAUCUCAUCGACAUUUGAGCUGCCCCGAUCAAGGUGGACAGACGAGCAGCCGAGGAGUGAGCUCCUAACCACUCUAGAAGAGACUCAAAAAAGGAGUCAAGAUGAGAAGAAGGAUGAAAUGUAA